UACUUCCAAACUGCAUUUUAGCCACCUGGCUAAAACUACAUGUACUAUAUCACCUAAGGUUUUUAUUUACUCCAGUAGUGUCCGGUAUUAGAAGCCAUCUGCAAGUAUGUUCUCCCUGUCCAUGAUGGUGGGCCUGGUCCCAAUAGUGUCGCUGUUUGGUUUGUUCUACUCCGCUGCAGUGGAUGAGAACUUCCCUCAGGGCUGCACAAGCAGUAGCAGUGUGUGUUUCUACAGCCUGUUGCUCCCCAUCACCAUCCCCGUCUACGUCUUCUUCCACCUCUGGAGCUGGAUGGGGAUCAAGCUUUUCAGACACAACUAGACUGUUCGGAUUCUGUUUUGUUAAAAGGAAAAACUCCACCUGAAAACAUUUCACUGCAUUUCAAUCAUGUUGUCGGUGAUGUACCUUGCAUUUCUGGACCCAUUUUGUUUGUUGUUUAAUAAAAGGUA